UCAAAGGGUAUAUUUUUUUUAAGUUGUCCCUUUUUUAUUUUAAGUUGGAUUCCAUGCAUUUUAGGAUCCUUGGAGAAAUCGUAGUUCUCCUUUUUAAUAUACAUUUUGAAUCGUUAUUUCUUCUGGGAAGGGGUAUAAUAUAUGUUCAAGAACUGUAGGCGGAAAUAACAUUGUUAAGGAGACAACGUCUAGCUCUCCUCCUUACACGGUAAAAAAUCAAAUGGAGACUUUUUAUUACAAAGAGUGACGUAUGAGUUUGCUCAUGUACCUUCGGGAUAUCAACAGCAAAUAGUUACCUUGAACACGUGAAGACACAAUUACAGCACAAACAAACCUCAACGCGGUACCCCAGAAAGAUUCAACAUGCGUUUUAAUAACAGAAUGGACAUUGGACCAGAACAUUUGUUUUCUACGUGUUAAAAGCUAGAGUUUAAUUGGAUAAGUUGGAUAGUUUAAGUGGAGUAGCUGCCAAAACGUCUGUAUUUUAGAUUACCAAUGCAUUUGUCUCUUUGACUAAUAGUGACUAACCAUGGGACAAGGAUCAUGCUUUAUAUGAUAUUCAGUUUCGAUGGAUGCUUUGGUAUUGGUUUAGAUCUAUCCCAGUUCAACCCUUUUGUCUCCAAAAUGGGCGUAAUCGUUUUUGGAGCACCUUUCUCCACGAAGGGAUGGGAAUACAACUAUUUUUUCCAUCAUCUCAGGCUAGGGUCGAGUAAAACAAUGAACAUGUGCUCCAAAUGUUUUGCUGAUAUUCAGAAAAAGCAGCCAGAGGAGGACUGCACUCCUCAGCCCAUCCAAAGCUCGGGGAGUAGCCAAUCGCCUGUCUUCAGUAGCGAGACGAGCAGUAGCAGUAGCCAAUCCCUGUUGUCGAGCCUGCCCUCCAGCUCCGAGCAACUGUCAACCGAAGAAUCCUCGUCCACAUGCCCGGCCGCCAGGGAAGGACCAUCCAGCACAGAAACAGCCCAGGGCACCCUCUGCACACCCACAAAACGUCCUCGGGAAUCAGCGUCGGGCAGCGAGAGCGAGGCCACCCCGGAGAAGCGGCCCCGGACCGAGGGGAAGGAGGACGCCGGGGAGGAGCCCCCCCGCGGCGGGCCCAAGCAGAAGAACCGCCGGCGCUGCUACAGCUGUCAAACCAAACUAGAGCUGGUGCAGCAGGAACUGGGCUCCUGUCGCUGUGGCUACGUCUUCUGCAUGCUGCACCGCCUGCCCGAGCAGCACAACUGCCUGUUUGACCACCUGGGGCGCGGCCGCGAGGAGGCGGUCCUCAAGAUGGUGAAGCUGGACCGCAAGGUGGGCCGCUCGUGCCAACGCAUCGGAGAGGAGUGCUCCUGAUUGGCCACGCCGGUGACCCACCCAUCCAAUCGGAGUGUACGGCGCUUAGUAGAGGGAGGAGGAGGAGGAAGAGGAGGAGGACUAAUGGGAAAAAGUGGGAGGGGAGGGAGGGGGGAGGGGAAGGAGAGAGGGGAGGGGAGGGGAUCAUGCUUGAUCAACAGUUUGACCUGAAAUUUUUGGACCUGAGCUCGUUCAUAGUUCUGUUGAUGUCCCCGAUUUCCUGCAUAGGAAGACUUUGGACUAAGACCGCGCCCUCCCUCGGGAGGGGGGGGGGCCAACUCGGGACGACCACCGCCCGCUGUUGUUGUUGUUGUUGUUGUUGUUGUUGUGGAGCCACGUUCAGUAUCGCAUGUCGGCAAACACAGCCUUAACCCCCCCCAACGCCCACCGCCGUCCCAACCCGUCCCCCAGCACAGCCCCUUUCGGACGGAGAGGGUGAGGGAGGGGUUUGGGGGGGUCUUGCAGGAUGUUUUGCACGGCCCUGCUGGUUUCAUCUGACCGGAGCUCCACCCAGCUCCACCACCACCACCACCACCACCACCCGGUUGACUAGUCCCUCAGGGUGCUAUAAUACUACUACUACCACCACGCCCUGUCCCAUGGCCACACCUCAGGUUGUCAUUAAAAAGCCCUUUUCUACAGUUCUCUCAAGCUAACGCUAAUAGUGCGUUGUUGACUCACGGGGGCUAGCGACGCAGCAGUGCGCGCGCGCGUCGGUUGGUCGAGGCUGCCAUUGGGUUGAAGACUUCUGUUGUUAUAAUUACUACACCCCCUGUUUUUGUUUCUUCCAUGAGGAGGUGAAAUUGGGUCUGUCAUUUUUAAAUCUUUUCCGCAAACGCGUGGACACUAACACAGCCCGGUGGAUAGGACGCAAGCCUCACUGUAGCGGGUCUCGUACUCUCCAUGUUCCAAGCUCAACUCUUAAGAUGUUCUUAAAACUGGAGGGAAAUACCACUCAAUGCAAAGUCAGGGCCAAGGCUCUACACUUAUUUAGAUGGACUGUGCGGUUUUUCAGAUAUGCUGUCAUUUUAGUUAAUCGCGGAAAUUUCUGCUUCAUACUACAUUUGGGCUACUGCCGUUGUUUAGGUUAAAGGGAAAUGUAAUGAUCGUACCAUGUUAUGUCACAAUUACAUGCCGAAUAUUUGAAGGUCGUGUCAAACAUAAUUUGUGUUUUGUCUCCAAUCGGUUCCCGUGAGGACAAACAUCAACUACUACUCCCACAGAAUAGUCCUCCUUGAAUUGAGUGGUAUUUUCCCCCACUUUUUAUUUUAUUUUGAAAUUCUUUGAUAUUUAACUGCUUUAACUUUGUGCUGGUCAUACUGGUCACUUUUUCGACUUCAAGUUUCUUAAAUGGGAUUUUCCAGCAAGACUCACUUUGAAUUUCUGCCUCACAAGAUGAUGUACCCUACUAAAACGGGUAUUUAGCUUAAUGAAAAAAAUAAUACUUUUGUUUAAUUUUGGGUUGAAAAUAUCACCUUCAAUCAAUGCAUUCAGUGAUAUUAUUUAUUGUAUUUCUUACAAUUCCAAAUUGGGAUGACUUAUUUUCUUGUUUAUGAUUAUUAUUAUGAAAUUGGCAAAUUUGAUAGUUGAUUCUGGUUGGAGUUCCCUUUUAAGUCUGUGACAUGUCUGGGCUUGAAAUUCAUGACCCUCUCUCUAACCUGUUGACUCAUCCUCUUUCUCUUUCUCUCUCCCACCGUCUGUCCAAUAAGAACACAGCAAAGAAAGAUGCGUUUGUGAAUUGGAUAUAUAUAGCGGCUGGUUCUUAAUCUUUUUUUGGGGAGGGGUGUGUGGGUUGGGGGUUUGUUGUCCCUUUUUUGAGUGCUAAUAAGACGUGCAAGACAUUGAAUAUCUUUCUGUACCUUUUUAAAGAAAAUUAUUUAACCUUAUAUCAGUUUGAGUUACUUACACCCUAGUAUAGAGUGACAUAUUUAGUUCAAUGUAUAAAAAAAACACAUAAUUCUGUCCUAUUUUUCUUUUUAAUUUUAUUGUGUUCCAUUUUUCUGAUAAGGACAAAUAAACUGGAUUAGAGAA